UGAGCUGUCUGUACUGUGCUGAGGGGAAUGCGUGUUGAUUGACUGACCCACAAAACAAGCUUUCUCAGGGGUUUUUUUGAGGAUAGGGUAAAGGUGCAACUGCACGAAGAAGCCAAGCAGAUUGAUACCAUUUGUGCUGACCUGUAAUUGUUGGGUCUAAUUGUUUGCAAGCUGGCUUAUAUUUUUACUAUUUAUUUUCUCAAUUGGUGCAACUGACAAGACUGAGCGCUGCACAAGGAACAAAGGAACAUAGUUCCUCACUGGAAGACCAAAACUUGCCGACAGUCAUUCAGCAGCAGCGGCUGCAAAGACUGAACCAAAGACUCUGAUUAGACUUUGUGAGUGACUUCAGCUGUUUGAUGCAGAGCCAGCGCGAGAUCCUGGAGGAUGAAGCAUCCUUUAGAGGAGGAGAGGAAAUUUAGAGACUGACCCUGCUCAUUUCUCCCUGCUGUGCUUUUGAUCUCCGCGGUCCACGCCACCUCCUCACUUCCCAGCAUUCCUUGCCUGGCAUCCCUGUAGCUUUGAAACAGUCCAUUGACCUGCGUACAUCCAUGGACGGAAAGUACAAGGAGAUUGCUGAGGAGCUGUUCACUCGCAGCCUGGCAGAGAGUGAGAUGCGCAGCGCCCCCUAUGAAUUCCCCGAGGAUAGCCCCAUUGAACAGCUGGAGGAGAAGCGUCAUCGCCUUGAGAGACAGAUUAGCCAGGAUAUCAAGUUUGAGCCUGACAUCCUCCUGCGAGCCAAGCAGGACUUCAUGAAGACUGACAGUGCCACUGACCUCGAGUUUAUGAAGGAGCAGAUCCAAUCUCCUGAGCUUCAGGAGCGAGAGCUGGUCCCAGAGAGAGAGUACCAGAGGGUCUCUAUCUCAGGAGAGGAGAAAUGUGGGGUUCCUUUCACAGAUCUGCUGGAUGCGGCCAAAUGUGUGGUGAAAGCUCUGUUCAUCAGACAGAAGUACAUGGGUCUGUCGCUGCAGACCUUAUACAGAACCACCGCUCACUACUUGCAAGAUCUGAGUGAGAGACCCUUAUACCUGGAUACGUACAAGGAGGAGAUCCCAGAGAACACAGUCACACCAGGUGUCACAAUGCACCCACCUGUCGCUGAAAUACACCCGUACGACAACCAGGAUCCCUCCAGCAUGCCGCCUGACAUUGGUUACGGCUGCAAGAUGGUGGACGGUGUCAUGCAUGUGUACACAACAAGGAGCACUAUGGAAAAGCGCACAGAGCUGGACCUGCCAUAUCCAGACCUGCACGAGUACAUCGCUGAUAUGAACGUCAUGAUGGCCCUCAUUAUCAACGGCCCAGUAAAAUCCUUCUGCUACCGUCGCCUGCAGUAUCUGAGCUCCAAGUUCCAGAUGCACAUCCUGCUGAAUGAGAUGAAAGAGCUGGCGGCACAGAAGAAAGUCCCACAUCGAGACUUUUACAAUAUCCGUAAGGUUGACACGCAUAUCCACGCCUCGUCCUGCAUGAAUCAGAAGCACCUUCUGCGCUUCAUCAAACGAGCCAUGAAGAAGUAUCCUAAAGAGAUAGUUCACGUGGAGAGAGGGAAAGGCCAGACGCUCAUGGAGGUGUUUGAAUCCAUGAACCUGACGGCCUUUGACCUGAGUGUGGACACACUGGACAUGCACGCAGACCGAAACACUUUCCAUCGCUUUGAUAAGUUCAACGCUAAAUAUAAUCCCAUUGGCGAGUCCAUCCUGAGAGAGAUCUUCAUCAAAACAGACAACUACAUUGAAGGGAAAUACUUUGGUCACAUUGUUAAGGAGGUAAUGGCUGACCUGGAGGAGAGCAAGUACCAGAACGUGGAGCUCAGGCUGUCGAUAUACGGACGCUCCAGGGACGAGUGGGACAAACUGGCCACGUGGGCCGUCACGCAUCAGGUCUACUCCAAUAAUGUGCGCUGGCUUAUACAAGUGCCACGACUCUUUGACGUCUACCACACAAAGAACCAACUGUGUAACUUCCAAGAGAUGCUGGAGAACAUCUUCAUGCCUCUGUUUGAGGUCACAGUCAAUCCGGGCAGCCACCCACAUCUACACCUCUUCCUCCAGCAUGUGGUGGGUUUCGACAGUGUGGAUGAUGAGUCAAAACCAGAGCAACAUAUCUUCAACCUGGACAGUCCGCUGCCAGUCAACUGGAGAGAAGAGGACAACCCACCGUAUUCCUACUACCUCUAUUAUAUGUAUGCAAACAUGAGUGUGCUGAAUCACCUGCGCAGGCAGCGGGGGUUUAACACAUUUGUCCUGCGUCCUCACUGUGGAGAGGCUGGGCCGAUCCAUCACCUGGUGUCUGGGUUCAUGCUGUCAGAGAGCAUCUCCCAUGGACUGCUGCUCAGGAAGGCUCCAGUGCUGCAGUACCUGUACUACUUAGCUCAGAUCGGCAUCGCCAUGUCUCCUCUCAGUAACAACAGCCUGUUCCUCAGCUACCACCGUAACCCUCUGCCAGAGUAUCUGUCCAGAGGCCUCAUGGUGUCUCUGUCCACAGACGACCCUCUGCAGUUUCACUUCACAAAGGAGCCGCUGAUGGAGGAGUACAGCAUUGCUGCACAGGUGUGGAAGCUGAGCUCAUGUGACAUGUGUGAACUGGCCAGAAACAGUGUGCUAAUGAGCGGAUUCUCUCAUGAGGCAAAGAGCUACUGGCUUGGCUCGAAGUACUUCAUGGAGGGACAGGCGGGUAACGACAUCAGACAAACCAACGUUCCCGACAUCCGCGUGGCAUACCGUUACGAGACUAUGUGUGAGGAGUUGAAUUUGAUCACACAGGCCAUCCGCACUGAUGAGCUGGAGACCAUCGUGGAGGAAGGCAGUCUGUGUAUGGGAGCUGUGUAGAGCGCAGGGCAGUGAGCGUACAGCAACACAAGCAACACAAAUCUCAUCACAUUCCCCGUUUUCACAUCAAGACUUUGUACAGAUCUGCAUAUAAACAUAUCACCCGUUUGAAAAGAGAAAAGCUUUGUCAUGAGACUGUGUGAGUUGCUACUGAAGCAAUAAGGGACAUGACCUACAAUCUGUGUACCCAAGGUGUCGGAUCCCUUUAGUUUCUUUGAGUCAUUCUUUGUUGAAUUUGGUGAUUUCGCAAUGUUUCUUCUCCUAUUUAAUUUAAAGUUAACACUUUCAUCGUCACUCUCAUCUACUUUUCUUAAAAAAAAAAACAUUGGAUCCACUGACUGAAGAAAAAAGUCAAAUGGAAACGACUACUUUGAAGGUAAAAUGCCUUAUUACAAUGUUCAGGGCUGUAGCAAACACUGGAAACACUGAGGCCAUAUUUGUGCUGUCUUUACUGAGGCAUCUAGUGACUGCAGGGAGUUUAUAUCCUUCACAUAGGAUUGAAGAUGUAGUGAGUACUUUGUUUUACCCCAACAAAAUAAACAUACUUAUGGUGUGGGGGAGGCUUUAAAACAACAUUUAGACCCUUAUGUUGGAAAAUAAAUCACUCAUUUUAAAAGAUGAAACUGUACAACUUUGCGUAAUUUCCUGACAUAUUUCCUCGAACUUUUCUUUGAUCCUGGUAAUAGAUUGAAUAAAUGAAUAUAAACCAUGGACAGGUUACAUUUAUUUAGAUCUGUGUUAUUUACAUUCUGCUGAAGUCUUCAGUGCAUUUAUGUUGAAACUUAACUUUCAGCUCUCAAAAGUAAUUUAGUAGUUAAUAAUAAUUCUGUAACCUGAAGACAUUUCUUUGACAAAAAAAAAUGUGUUUUGCUUAAUUUAAACUUGCAAAUUACUUGAGUUGGGCAGUAGGUAAUGAAGACUUUAUCAUGUGAUCUCAGUAUUUAUACAGUCCUGGGUUUACAUCUGUCUAGUUACUAAGUAAGGGACCCGAUUUACUAACUAAACACACUUGAAACAUUAUGUUUUUGUUUUGAUGCUGUAAUUAUUCACAUGACAAAUACCUCAUGUUGUAUUUAUUACUGGUAGAAAACUCCCCAUCGUCAUUAUCUCUGCUACUGGCUGUGAUUUUAACAACAUUCCAAAGGUCCUUCUCCCUGUGAUAUUCUUGCUGUCCUUUUGUUUUGUUCACAGUAAUUGUGGGUGUUGCAUGAAAGCACGUCAAUAUCUGUUUCUGGUGUGCAGUGAGGCUGUAAGCAUCUGAUUAUACUUCUGUGACAUCGUCUCUGUAGCUGCUCACUGAGCGAUACCGUACAUGACGAUCUGUGCUCUCAGUUCUUUCUACUUGCACACGCCCAGCGUGUGCCAAAGCCAUGAACAAAGAACUGAGAGUGGAUCAACUUUAAAAAACUUCUCCCCCUCACAGCACUUUAUAUACUCUUAUAACAAUGGAGAAUGCAGAGCUUAUGCUUUGAUUUUCUAUGUAAAUGCAUCACCACACACACAGUUAGUGAUGGAGUGUCUGCGCUACUAAACAAUAAGACUUUCUUAUAAAGUUGGUGUCACUGCAGCAUGAUCUUGCAUCAACAUGUGUAAACUGGCACAAACAAGGACAAACAACAGCAGAAACUUUAAAAACAUGCUUAAGGAUUGCGCUAGUAAGUAUUAGGUAUUCCUUUUUGUCAUCAGUCUCUUCAUUCCUGUCACUUUACAAAGAAAGUGUGAGCUUCUAGACUCAUCCAUGAUCUUUUAUCAACGUGAGCCUCGUGCACACACUUGUCCCAAUGCUUGUGCAACACCCACGCAGGAAAAGUACACACUGUUUGCAUGUAUGUGCUGUUUGUGAAAUAUUAUUUAUUGACAUUUGUGUCUAUGAUGGGAAAAAUGUUGUUGGAGCACUUGCCUCCCUUCAGUUUGCACGUCUCAGAAAGAGAAUAAAUGUCUUGUGAAACUGAAAACGUA